AUGACGCUGUCAUGUGCCGCCAGCGUACUAUUUGUAAUCAUCGGUGCCGUGCGGAGCGCAGUUCCACCGGCAGCUCGGCUGGCCUACGCCCGGCAAGGCGAUUACAUCCUCGGUGGACUCUUCCCGUUGCACUUCACCGACUGCGAUGCCAUCCCGACAAUGUGGUCUCUGCAGCAGGCUGAGGCCAUGGCAUACACCGUGGAUGACAUCAACAGCCGGGUAGACCUGCUUCCCAACGUAACGCUUGGCUUCGAUAUCAGGGACAGCUGUCGGAAUGAAGACCUGGCCCUCUGGUCGUCUCUCUCGCUCGUCCGAGGGGACAACGGGGAGUCUUCAUGCGGGAAUUCAUCCUCUGGUUUCCCCGGGAAGGUCGUCGGUAUCGUCGGUCCGAUGACGAGCAUCGCUAGCCUGACCGUGACUUCGGUGGCAGACCUGUACGACACACCGAUGAUCACUUUCGGCGCGACAAGCGACGAACUGAGCGACAAGGACCGAUUUCCAUACUUCCUUCGCACCGUACCACCAGACCGCCUGCAGGCCGAAGCUAUCGUGGACCUGAUCUCCCACAUGGGUUGGGAGUACGUUUCCAUCAUCUACCGAGCAGAUACCUACGGGAUCCGAGGGGCUCAUGCGCUGGAAAGUCUUGCCGAGGGGAGAGGGGUGUGCGUGGCUCUGUCCCUCCCCGUCCAAAAGUACCCUUCACAUUCCGAACUCGAGAAGGUCAAGGUGAAGCUAUUGGAAGCCCGUAAGGCGCGCGUACUGGUCAUCUUUGCCGGACUGGCCACUGCAAACGCUGUUGUUGGAGCCGCCAGAGACUUAAGUAUGGAGGAACAUUUCAUUUGGAUUGGCAGUGAAGCUUGGGCGCACGGUGUAGGUCGGGACGGCUCGGGCAAGACACCACCCAUGGGUACCGUCUUUGUGCUUCUUCACAACCCAGAACCUAGUGGGUUCUUUGAGUACUUCUCCAGUCUGGACAGGGAGGCCAUCUUGAAGAAUCCCUGGUUCGAAAUCUUUCUGGAAAACUGGGAGGCAGUCAAUAAUUGCACGGUGUGGGUGGAGGACGGAUGUGGAAUACCACACCGGGAUCUCUACACCCCGUCGUCCAUCAUGUCACCCGUCAUAGACGCGGUUUAUGCAUUUGCGUACGCGUUGCACUCUUUGCUCAAUUCGUCCACUUCCGACACGGUGAAAGGAAAAGACUUUUUACACCAUCUUAAAGCGGUCAGUUUCCAGGAGGAGAGAGGAAGAUUCGAGUUCAACUCGGACGGAGCAGUGUCAGGCAAGUACCUCCUUCAAAAUGCCCAGAUGGUCCAGGGGGAGUUCCAAAUGGUUACGGUGGGUCUUUGGGAUGCCACAACCCCAGAGCGUCUAAGAUUUGAUACGGAUAUCAUCUGGGCAGACGGAUCCGAUGUAGUACCGACCUCAACGUGUAGGGAUGUCUGUCCCACCGGUUCUAGGGUCGCUCCCUUGAAAGAGAAUUGCUGCUUCGGGUGUGCCGCCUGCGCGCCCUACGCCAUCGUGUUUAACCACACAGAAUGCAUCGAGUGUGAGGAGACCGAGUGGCCCGACGAGAAACGCUCCUCUUGCGUCCCGAUCACCCCAGUGACGACUGAAUGGACCCACCCGCUGCAGCUGACUAUCCUGAUCCUGUCGUGUAUGGGUUUGACACUAGCCGUGAUCAUUGCUUUUGGACUGGCCUGGUACCGCAACCACAACGUCAUCAAGGCGACUAGCCGUGAGCUAAGCAGCGUCAAUGUCUUGGGCCUCCUUCUUGGGUUUGUGGCUCCUUUUCUCCUGAUAGCAGAACCCACUCCCAUCACCUGUUGCAUGUCCCAAGCAUCUGUUAGCCUCUGCUUCACGCUAGCCUACGCCCCAACCUUGCUCAAAGUAUGUAGGAUCUACCGCAUCUUCAGGGCCGCUAGGAAGUCGGCGGGCCGGCCACGUCUCAUAUCUCCCACGGUACAACUCACCAUCGUCUGCUUCUUGAUUCUAAUUCAGGUUAUCUGCGUCAUCGUGACGUCAGCAGUCCACCCCUGCCAGCCCCAGCUACUGACCUUCAGGCCCAGAGAGCCUCGUCUUGAAUUGUACUGCGUCUUCGACACCGGCUUCCUGGUAUCCAGCACUUACAACCUGGUGCUCAUCCUGGCCUGCUGCGUCUUCGCCUUCCUGGCGCGCAGGGUGCCAGACAACUACAACGAGUCCAAGUUCAUUGGGGCCAGCGUCUACUCGACCCUUCUGGCGUGCCUGGCGGCCAUAACGGUUUACUACACGUCCCGCGAUAGCCUGCAGAAAGUAGCUGCGAUCUGUAUGGCCGUGCUGCUAAACGCCUACCUGACAGCAGCCUGCGUGUACAUCCCGAAGUUGUACGCCAUUCGAUUCCUCUCGUCUGCGUUGCAGUCUACGGGCGACGAUGAGCGCAUUAGGGCGGGUUCGCGUAGGAGGGCGUUCAUCUCGCAAUCCAUGAGCGUAAAUAGCGUACAUCCUGGUCCAUCAACUUAG